AUGGACCCGCGAUACAACUGGCAGCCCCAGGGCUAUCCGAGUGGCCAUCCAAACAACCAGUAUCCUCCGUAUGCGCCGCCUCCGCAACAACAACAGCAGCCGCCGCCGCCGCCGCCAAAUGGCUACCAACACCAUGGCUACCCCCAAUACCCUCCUAUGCAGAUGCAGACGCCUCAGGGAUAUCCUCAGUCACAGCCAGCGCCAUACCAACUACCACCACAACCCAGUAUGCCUCGACCGAUGAGCCAACAAUAUGCGCAAAUGCCUCCUCAAAUGCAACCCCAGCAACCCCAGCAACCGCCGCCGCCACCGCAAUAUCAACGGCAGCCUCAAGUCAUUAUCCCCGCGAGAAACCCCCAAUACGCUUCUCCCAUGCAGAUGCCGCAGAUGCAACCCCCGCGGAUACGACAUGUACAAGUACCCGUACAGCGAACAAGCAGCGCAGGCAUCGCGCAAGCAGAUGGCUCUGGAGACCAGCAACGGCGAUAUAGCGCACAGCAGCCACCCAACCCCCCUGUAUCUAAGCCGGUACAGCGAUCACCUUCGCAUCAAGAGAAUGGCCCAAGACCGCAGCAGCGGCCUGUUGUCACGCCGUCGAAUGGUCAGGCUCCAUAUCGAGCGCCGCUACAGCCGCAGACGACGCCUCAGCAGCAGCGUGUACCGCCGCAGUCGCAGUCGCAGUCGCAGUUGACGCCUCAGCUGCAGCGCAUGCCAUCGCUGUCGACGCCUCAGCAGCAACCUCCACCGUCGACACCCCAGCAACCGCGACCUUCACAGUCGACACCCCAGCAGCCGCGGCCCCAGUCGACUCCCCAACAACAGCGCGUUCUCCCGCCGUCUCGAACACCAUCGAGCCAGUAUGGCAGCCCAUUCCCUCAACCACCCUCUUCAAAACCGCGGAUGCACCCCCAGGUUGUUAUUCCCAAAACCUCUGCGUCGCACCAGCUCACACCCACGAAGCGUGCUCAUCUCCCCCAGAAAGCGCUUCCCGCCGAGCUCUCGGAACUUUUACUCACGGCUGCGGACGAAUACAUCGCGGUUGCGCGAGGCAUGGGAUCGCUGUUCAUACGGGAAAGAAAGGAGGCAGACGUGAGACAGUACUACAAACUAAUGUCCACCGCCAUGGGAUGUAUGGAUACUGUAUUGAAGGACUUCAACAUGCCGCCUAGGGACGAGGCGAAAUUACGGUUGAGAUAUGCUAGCCUGCUCAUUGAAGAGACGGACAUUGAGGCUGCCGACGUCUCCAGUCGGAUCGAAGAGAUUUUGUCUAAGCAAAUAUCCCUCUGCGGACGCCAUCGCUUGCAGGAUCUGAAGUUCGCGGCUUUCCAUCUUCAAGCGCGGUACCAGUUCAAGACCAAUCACCGCGCUGGCCUCAAGUCACUUGAUAAACCGAUACAAGAAGCGGAAACCUUCCAACACAUCGCUUGGGUGUAUGCACUGCGCUUUCUCAAAGUCACGUUGGCGUUGCAAAUACCGGGUCGUGUAGAGGUGACACUGGCUCUCCAGCAACUCCAUGCUAUACAGGACCAUGCAGGUCGACGAGGCGACCGCGCCAUAUAUGUCGCUUGUCAUGUGCUCGAAGCCAUGAUUCAUCUGCGGUCAGGUGCAGCAGAUCGGAUAGACAAUGUCCAGCGCGCCAUUGCAACAGCGCGUAGCCUGCAACUCGAGGUAUCAGCCAAGCAACUGGGAUCAUUCGGCACUCUCAUUGAUAUAAUCGACAUUGCCAGUGGUAUUCAAAAAGGGAGUCCAAACCCGCAAAAGUCCACUGCCCUUCUCGAGUCUAUACUACGCGACAACAACGAUCAGAGAAGCUCACACAGUAGCGUCUUUACUGUUCUGAUUGAGCGAAGCUUUGGGGGUAACCUCACGUUUGACACUGCUGGGGUGUUCAGAAAGAAUGCAGAGCAAAAAGACGAAUUGGUCUUUGCAUGGCUCCCAAAAGAGGAUUUGCAAGCGUUAUGUUUUCACAUCUGCGCUCUGGAUCAACACGUCCACGAAAAGGGGCUCAAUUUCAUGAAAGAAGCCCACCAGCGAUUCCGCGAAACGGCAAAGCGACGCACUUUCAACGGCAUACCGAUCUCAAUCGCUUUUGCACGCAUAGAGUGA